GCUGCGCCAAGGUGGUUAUUGUGAAUGUGAGUGCCAGGCAUGGGAGACCACACAGCCGCGGUCACCUUUUUUAAGGUAGCUCUGGUGACCUACUGGUGCCUGAUCGUCGGGGUCGGCGCGCAGCGCCGGCAGGAGCAGGACGAGCCGCAGCGGCCGUACCACCACCAGGACGGCCCUGAGGAGCAGCAGGCGUCGUCGCCGAUCCUCAUCUUCAGGGGGCACGGCUACGACAACCUCGGCUACGACAGCAAGAUCGAGGACGUGUGGGCGCCCAGCGGCUCCGGCACCUCCAAUAAAGGCUCCAAGGGCAGCAAGGGGCCCAGCACGGGCUACCUGGCGCCCGCCACCUCCGACUCGUGGGACGCGGGCAGCGACAAAGGCGAGCAGCCGCCCAACAACGGCUACCUCGCACCCCACAAGGGCGACGCGGACAAGGGCAGCAAGGGUGGCGCCGGCGGGGGAUGGAAUAAGGGCCAGCAGGGCGGCGGCGGGGAUUCGUGGAAUAAGGGUCAGGGCGCGGGCUGGGAUGCUGGAAAAGGGCAGCACGGAGGGAGUGCCGGGUGGGACGGUGGAAAUAAGGGGUGGGACAGUGGAAGCAAUAAGGGACACGGCAUCGACUACGAAGGAAACGUGGGACACUACGGACCCACCACUCAGGGUGGCGGUGGGGGUUGGAACAAGGGCCAGAGCUCAGGGUGGGAGUCUCAAGGAGGGUACGGAUCGAAUAGUAACAAGGGUUGGGAUCAGGGCGGAAAAGGCUCCGGCGGCUGGGAUCAAGGAUCGAAGGCCCCGAGCGGGUGGGACCAACAGCCGAGCAAGGGGUGGCCCCAGAAGGGACAGGGUGGCUACGGAAAUUCGGGAGGGUGGGAGCAGCAGGGCGGAGGGGGAGGCCAUGGUGGUGGCUGGGAGCAGCAGGGUGGAGGCGGCGGCGGCGGAUACGGAUCCGGGGGUGGUGGCGGCGGGUACGGAUCAGGGGGCGGCGGGGGGUACGGCUCUGGAGGCGGCGGACAAGGCUACGGAGGAGGCGGAGGGUGGAACAAGGGUGCAGGCGAGAAGGGCGACGGCUGGGGCCAGCAGCAGCCUGCAGGGGGUUGGUCAGGGUGGAUGAACGUCAUGUCUCAAGGGUGGAAUAACAAUGGCGGCGGCGGAUACGGUGGAGGCGGCGGAGGUAGCAAGGGCUUCGGCGGGGGCGGCGUCUGGAAGCCGAACCAGCAGCAACGACCCCAGCAGCAGCCAGGGGGUGGUUGGCCACCGAUGAAGGGCGUGUGGAGCAACGGCUACGACCCUGACAACAAUAAUCAAUGGAGUCAGGGAGGCGGCGGCCAGCACGGUGGUGGAGGCGGCUAUGGUGGCCCUCCCGCCGGACACGGAGGCGGCCACGCACCCCAAGGAGGCGGUUACGGAGGCGGCCACGGCCAUCAGCAGGGCGGCGGCUACGGAGGCGGUCACCAAAGUGGUGGCUACGGAGGUGGACACCAAAGCGGAGGAUUCGGCGGUGGAAGCGGCGGCCCCCACGGUGGAGGCGGCUACGGCGGCAGCCCCCAGAGCGGAGGCGGCUACGGCGGAGGCGGCCACGGCGGCCACGACUGCAGAGAGCACGGUGGACUGAGGGCGGGCAGCGCGGUCUGGGAGUCGAGGGAGCCGGCGGGCUGGUUCUCCAACAACCAGGGCAACAAAUGGUCUCCGCACCCUUACAAACCGGCACCAGGUGAUGAGGUAAUUUAUCGAGAGUACCAUUACAGCUCGGAGAACCUAAACGGACCCAGCCAUCCGCACGAGCAGGGCGGCUACCCUGGCCACCAGGGUAAUCAGGGCAAUCAGGGCUACCAGGGCCACCAGCAAUACCAGCACAACCAGCAAGAGUACAAUCGCCACCCUUACAGGGAAUACCUUUUGGAGAGAGACGCCACGACGACAGAAAAGAGUGUCGAGACGACGACCAAGUAGUAUUUUAAUUUAAUUAAGUGCGUGCGUGUACAUAUUAUUUUCAUAAUUUAUAUUAUGUUUGUGUAAAUUAAUAAUAAUAAAUAAGGAAACCUCUGACAAAACGCA